CACUUCAAUCUUCACCUCCUCAGUGCUGCUGUCGGAGCUUUGCGCUCACUCGUGUUGCUUUUUAGCUGUACGAUUUCACCAAAAGACAAUUUAUUUUCAUUUUAAGGGGUUUACUUUAGCACACAAAUGGCGAGGGCAUCGAAAAGGCAUCUGGAAACGGCGUAAAUCUUAUUUGCCAGAGAUAUACAGAGGCUUUUUGUGAGUGCUGUCGUUACAAUGAAAUGGAUGUUUGAUUUCGUGUUUGAGCAAGUGAACAUUGGGGAAAACGUUAAGAGAUCUCUUUCGGGGAAAUGGACUUGAAAUUGGAAAUUAAAUUGAAGAAGAUAUUGAGAUGCUACACGUCAAUGACAAAAUAUGGCAAUCAAAUGACCACAGAUCAGAAGGCGACGGAGAGUGGGAGUAGCGAUCGUGGUGAACGAGUGAACCCGGAGCAGGUGAACACAGCUGCAGACCGCCAUGGGCUCUCUUCCUUCGGUCCCAGCUCUCCAUCUUCGGGUCUCCAAAAGACAGCAGGGGCCAGCCAGGGAUCGUUGGAGUGGGCAGGCGAGGCGGCUCGCUUCCCCCGCCGGCUACCGGCUCCUCGGCAACGAGGAGGGAGAGAAAUCAAUACUGAGAAGAGAUGCUGCCAGGGGUCGCCCAAUGCUGCCUCCAGCCAUGGAGCCAUGGGAGCGUGUGUACUGUGCUUUCUAUCUCUCAACCAGAUCUCAGUCAACUCGCAUCAGCUGAAGAUAGGUCCAAGAGCUAUGACGUUCUUUAUGCGAAAGAGAGAGAGUGUGUGUGGUUCUGCCAGAGGGCCUUUUCAGGCCCAGCAUCACUUGAUAAAACAUCGCCUGCUGGAGAACGAGUAGAAGAAUAAUGUCAAAGGUCUUUUUGUUCCCCAUCUUUGAUUCUUUUUCCACCUUGAGUGCACAUUCCCCCUGACUGUUUGAAUGAGUGCUUGACUGAGAUCUCUUUUACGCUAAAUCAAGAAGAGUCCUAUUUAUUUUAGUGGUCUUCCUCCUGAGCAUGCACAAAGUGCUCUCUACAUUAGAUGGGCUGGGAUGAGUGAACAGUUUGAACCCUUUUUGCCUUUUCCAGAGAUUAUUUUUUUGAUAAUUGCCCCGGUUUGAGGGUUCGGAAAAGGACUCCGCCUUGAUUUGCAGCGCCUGGUGAUGCCCUACCUUAGAUCCUUCAAAACAGUUUUCAUCUUUGACUAUGGCAUUGUUGCAGGCCAAUGGAGGAUGGUGCAAGUGCCUGUUGGAGCUCAGGGAUGUAAAAUCUCCUGAUAGGGACGCUUCCAAAAGCCUGCAGUGCCAAACAUAAGCUUGCCAAGUGAAAGACCCCAAAACCCCAAAAGUGGAAUGUUGGAUGCAGUGGAUACCAUCCAUGGGAAGGAAGCAACCCUUUCAAUGAUGGUUUUAUGUGAAUGUGAAAACUGAACCCAAUGGUGCCUACAUGGGAACCCAAGAUCAUCAGAAAGUAUACAAGAGAUUUUCUUUAUGUAUCUACUGUACUGUUCCUUACUACGUUAUUUUGUUUAUGUUAUUGAACCUCAUACCUCACCAGGUAAGUAUUUUUACAGUAUAAAUACAUAGUAAAAAGGUAAGUAUAUUUUUUUUAAGAUAAAAUGGCAGUUUAAUGGUAGCAAAACUUUGACUAGAUUUACAUUUAUGCAUUUUGCAGACGCUUUUAUCCAAAGCGACUUACAGUGCAUUCAAUCUUUUAUUAGUAUGUGUGGUCCUGGGAUCGAACCUAUGCAUUGUAUUGCUAAUGGUAAUUUAUACAGACAACUAUAGCAUGCAGUACCAUAUAGUGGAUUAUUACGGUAAUGACUAGCUAACUGUACAUUAUCCUGUUUAUUACACAGCUACUCUAUUGAAUAAAUAACUGGACAUUAAAUAUAAAAAAAUAGUUAUUUUAUUAUGUAAUAAGAAAGACCACAGAGAGAUAAGUAUGAGAGCCAUGAUGUAUGCAAUGUAAUUUCAACAGUUUAGCGGUCAUAAUACAAAAAAAAUAUAUAUUUUACAAGCAAUUGACCAAUCAGAAGUGUUCAAGAGUGCCGUGUAAUAAACCUACAGUUUUACUGCCAAUAAUAUUGUUAAGUAAAUAUUUUCUUUAAGCUUGUGCACUAUUGGAUUGAAAUAACUCUUUUUAAUAAAGAUUUUUUUUAUCAAACCUC